GUGAGUCCCGAGGAGGCUGCUGGAACCACCAAGACGGCUGCUGGCGACAUGUACGCGCUUGGGCUGCUAUUGCUUGCGAUGCUGACAGACAACCAUCCAUGGCAGUGGACCGCGCAAGCGUCAGUAGAUCGCUCACGGAAUGAACUGGAUUCGGUCCUCGCCGACAUUGCCUUGUUUCGUGAGGCACUGCGGGAUGGGUUGCUGGAGCCGGUGGCGCCCCCAUCGGAUCUGGACGAUACAAUGCGUGGCAUUCUGGAGGCCUGUCUCAGCAUCGCACCUGAAAAGCGCCUCAGU